UCCACAGCGCUGGAGAGAGAGUAUAGUGGGAGAGAGUGAGGGAGAGAGAGAGAGAGAAACAGUAGUCAGUUUGACAGAUAAGCACGGCGGAUGACUUGUCUCUCUCUGAAUGUACCGUGAGCAGGAGAGCAAGUAAGUACCAAGAGUACCAGCCAAGGCAGUUCUCCAGAUGCACAAACACACACACAGACUCCACAGCCUGCUACAGACAGGGAGCGUGUGAAGAGAGAAGAGUGUCACAACUAAGUUUCCAGGUGGGUCAUCAAAGGUUUCCCAAGCGGAGUCUACCAAAGUGUAAUGGGUUGCCCAGAUCAGAGACUUUUCCUCUGAUCCUGCAAAGAGAGCUAGUCCUCACACUGAGCGACCCCCGCUCAUGGAGAAGCUGACGGAGAACGACAAGGAGCUGAUCCGAGGCAGCUGGGAGAGUCUUGGCAAGAACAAAGUUUCACACGGAGUCGUCAUGUUCUCCAGACUGUUUGAACUAGAGCCUGCGCUCCUCAACCUCUUCCACUACAACACAAACUGUAGCCCCACACAAGACUGCCUCUCCAGCCCUGAGUUCCUGGACCAUGUCACAAAGGUAAUGCUGGUGAUCGAUGCAGCAGUCAGUCACCUGAACGACCUCCAUACCUUGGAGGAUUUUCUGCUCAAUCUGGGGAUGAAGCACCAGACAGUUGGGGUUAACACCCAGUCUUUUGCUGUGGUGGGGGAGUCCCUUCUCUACAUGUUGCAGUGUAGUCUGGGUCAUGGGUACACUGGCCCACUGCGUCAGGCCUGGCUCAACAUGUACACCAUCGUAGUGGCGGCCAUGAGCAGAGGAUGGGCCAAGAACGGGGAACACAAGACUGACUAAAACAUUUGCUGGGGUCUGCUACCAGUCUCUGUCUAAUCACCUUCAUGGUUGCUACGGAGUAAGGUUGUAUAGCUCACAGCCUGAAGGUUUUGAUUGCUGUAUAUUUCCUCAGUGAGUCAAGGGUUACAGUAGAGGGAUUGAAUAAUGUUAUCACACUUGACACCACAAACGAUGGUUGAAUCACCUGAUGUUCACAGAGUUAACUGUUUUUGCUGGGGAUGUUGUAGCUGUAGAAAAUGCUGCUAUAACGUUGUGGGGAUGUUAUGUGUCAACCAGCUUUGCACGUGCUCUAAGUCUUCAGUUUCAGUUCCUCAAAUUAGAGAAUUGGUUAAAUUAAUGUCAUGACUGAAUUUGCUUUGUAAAUAAUUUUUUUGAUAUACAUUGGCUUGUGAAAGUACUCACCAGCCUUGGCAUUUUUCCUAUUUUGUUGCCUUACAACCUGGAAUUAAAAAAGUUUUUUUGGGGGGGUUGUAUCAUUUGAUUUACACAACAUGCCUACCACAUUGAAGAUGCAAAAUACAGCUGCAAGUCUAUUGGGGUGUAUCUCUAUACGCUUGGCACAUCUAGCCACUGGGAUUUUUGCCCGUUCUUCAAGGCAAAAUUGCUACAGCUCCUUCAAGUUGGAUGGGUGCUGCUGGUGUACAGCAAUCUUUAAGUCAUACCACAGAUUCUCAGUUGGAUUGAGGUCUGGGCUUUGACUAGGUCAUUCCAAGACAUUUAACUGUUUCCCCUUAAACCACUCGAGUGUUGCUUUAGCAGUAUGCUUAGGGUCAUUUUCCUGCUGGAAGGUGAACCUCCGUCCCAGUCUCAAAUCUCUGGAAGACUGAAACAGGUUUCCCUCAAGAUUUUCCCUGUAUUUAGUGUCAUCCAUCAUUCCUUCAAUUCUGACCAGUUUCCCAGUCCCUGCCGAUGAAAAACAUCCCCACAGCAUGGUGCUGCCACCACCAUGCUUCGAUGUGGAGAUGGUGUUCUCAGGGUGAUGAGAGGGGUUGGGUUUGCGCCAGACAUAGCAUUUUCCUUGAUGGCCAAAAAGCUCAAUUUUAGUCUCAUCUAACCAGAGUACCUUCUUCCAUAUGUUUGGGGAGUCUCCCACAUGCCUUUUGGCAAACACCAAACGUGUUUGCUUAUUUUUUUCCUUUAAGCAAUGGCGUUUUUCUGGCCACUCUUCCGUAAAGCCCAGCUCCGUGGAGUGUAUGGCUUAAAGUGGUUCUAUGGACAGAUACUCCAAUUUCUGUUGUAGAGCUUUGCAGCUCCUUCAGGGUUAUUUUUGGUCUCUUUGUUGCCUCUCUGAUUAAUGCCCUCCUUGCCUGGUCCGUGAGUUUUGGUGGGCGGCCCUCUCUUGGCAGGUUUGUUGUGGUGCCAUAUUCUUUCCAGUUUUUAAUAAUGGAUUUAAUGGUGCUUUGUGGGAUAUUCAAAGUUUCUGAUAUAUUUUUAUAACCCAACCCUGAUCUGUACUUCUCCACAACUUUGUCCCUGACCUGUUUGGAGAGCACCUUGGUCUUCAUGGUGCCGCUUGCUUAGUGGUGUUGCAGACUCUGGGGCCUAUCAGAACAGGUGUAUAUAUACUGAGAUCAUGUGACAAAUCAUGUGACACUUAGUUUGCACACAGGCAGACUUUAUUUAACUAAUUAUGUGACUUAUGAAGGUCAUCUUAUGGGCUUCAUAGCAAAGGGGGUGAAUACAUAUGCACGCACCACUUUUCCGUUUUAUUUUUUAAAUAAUAAAUAAGUAAUUUUUUUCAUUUCACCAAUUUGGACUAUUUUGUGUAUGCCCAUUACAUGAAAUCCCCCAAAAAUCUAUUUUAAUUACAGAUUGUAAUGCAACAAAAUAGGAAAAACUGCAAGGGGGAUGAAUACUUUUGCAAGGCACUGUAUCUACUCUAAUAGCAAUGAUUGUGGGGUUCUUCGUGAUGUAUCUUAAAGAAUCACACAAUUUCCAAAACAUUGGCUGUAUUACUUGGCAUAACUACCUCUACUGUGAUCAUUACUGUAGCUGGAAUGGGCAGCUAUGAGAUGGGCCCUUUGCCAAAUCAAACCAAUGAUAAAGAAACAUUGAUCACAAAAGUAUAUACAAGAUUAUUGUUUCGAGUGAUUAUCACAAAUCUAUUUCUAUGUCUUUGAGUUAGGCUAGGGAUCUGAUAAUGGCACAUACCAAUGCUUUCCUUUCUGUGUGUGUUCAUGACCUGGGGUGUAACAACCCUUAGGGGUGAACAUGAUUCUUAAAGACAUUGAUAUUAUUAAGUAAACUGUUUUUUUGGACAAUGCUCAAUAGAAAGUUCAAAAGUUUUUCUAUGGGAUCUCUAUGACUGUAAUGGCACCUUUGUCUGAAAGGUGUACACUCUUAGAAAAAAAGGGUUCCAAAAGAGUGUGGCUGUCCCCAUAGGAGAACCAUUUGUAGUUCCAGGUAGAACCCUUUUGGGUUCGAGGUAGAACUCUUUCUAGUUCCAUGUUCCCUCUGGGGAAAGGGUUCUACAUGGAACCAAAAAGGGUUCUACCUGUAACCAAAAGGAGUUCUUCAAAGGGUUAUUUUAUGGGGACAGCCGAACAUCCCUUGUAGGUUCUAGAGAGCACCUUUUUUUCUUAGAGUGUAAGUGGCACUCUCCUCUGACAGUAGAGGUUGUAAAUAUCACGUUGCCAUAUGCGUAUUAUCAUAUUUCAAUAGACUUCAACUGACUGUUACUCUAAAUAGACUGUUAUUCUCCUCUCUUGAGUUCUAGCUAAAUGAUGGAACCCAACAGUAGAUUAUUGGCUUGAGUGUCUUUGGGCAAUUAGUUUUCACUAACUGUAAAUGUGAAGUGGUGUUGAACCACAUAAUGUAUCAAUAUUGUGAUGAUACGUUAUGAACAAGCCACAAUUACAGAAGUACUUUGGCUUUUUGGACCCAUUAGACAAUCAUAGUCAUUGACAAAGCCAGGAUUUAUUCUUUAUUUUUUACUUCCCUAGUGUUUCAUAAUACUGCAAAGUUAAGUACUUUUAGAGCUCUGAGUGUCUUUCUGUGGACAACCCUAAAACAUUUAUGAAUAAACAAGUUUCACGACAUCCUACCUGAGCUUGCUCAGAUAGUAAUUAGAGAUGAUAGUUAGAGAUGUGUACGUCCUUUUUGCCGCUAUGAACACAUUUAUCUAUAUGUUCUAUACAGUGUGUAUCAGUGGCAUGAAAGACAAAAUUCCAAGUUAGCUAUAAUACGUACAUUAUUUGAUAACAACACUACACUACUGUAUAUCCAAGCUGCUGAUAUGUGGUGAAUAUUGCUUCAGUCCGAGAUUACUUUUAUAAAGUUUAUUUUUGUGUU